UAUAAGAGUCGGUCAAUGGCUUCACAAGCCACCAUUAGUCAUAUCACAAACUUCCCAACAUGCCCACCGGAACAUCUCCAAAUCGUUCAUCAGUCAUAUCAUGGAAAUAUGAUGUCUUCCUCAGUUUCAGAGAGGAGGACACCGGCAAAAGCUUCACAGAUCAUUUGUACCAUGCUUUGAACCAGGAAGGAAUCAAACCGUUCAGGGACGAAGAUCAAAACCUUGCUUCACACAAUUAUUCAUCAUCUGUCAAUGCAAUUGAAGAAUCAAGAUUUGCAAUCAUCGUUCUUUCGAAGAAGUAUCCCGUUUCAACACGGUUGUUGGAUCAACUUGUCAAGAUUCUUGAGCUCAAGAACAAGGAUCGACUGACUGUUAUUCCGGUUUUCUAUCAUGUGGAUCCAGCACAUUUAAGAAGGCAAUUGGAAGAGUGUGGAAAGAUUUUUGCUCAACAUGAACAAGAUUUCCAACAAAAUAUCGAAAAAGUGAACAAGUGGAAAAGCGCUUUGACUGAAGUGGCAAGUGUCUCUGGAUGGGAUUUGAAAGAUCGUCAUGAAUCAGGUUUUAUUAAGGAAAUUGUUGGAGAUAUUUUCAGACAAUUGAAGAGAACUUUCCCAUGUUAUCACAAAGACUUCUUGGUUGGAAUGGAUUCUCGUAUGGAUAAAAUGGAGUCACUAUUAAGUUUAGACAAGCAGGAUGAUGAUGUCCGCACCGUUGGAAUAUGCGGUGAGAGAGGAAUUGGUAAGACAACUUUGGCUGGUGAAGUUUUCAAAAAGAUCCAUGGCAAAUUUGAUUCUUGUGCUUUCAUUGACAAUGUAAGAGAGGAAUGUGAAAAACAUGGUAUGCCUCACUUACAACAGCAACUUUACCAAAUCUUGUUGAACAGAGACGAAUCAACGACAACACUAAAAUCCAAAAAGGUGCUUAUCAUUCUAGAUGAUGUUGACCAGGUGGAGCAAAUCGAAACUUUAGUAGGAAAAUGGAGAAGGCAAGAUGAUUGUUUACGUCCAGGGAGUCGAGUCAUUGUGACAACUACAAAGAAUCACUUGUUGUCGAGAUAUGGAGAGGGCAACAUAUACGAGGUUGAUAAACUAAACAACAAUGAAGCUCUUCAACUCUUACGUCGGAAGGCCUUUAAGGACAACUGUAUUUUGGAUGACUAUAUAGAGCUGUGCAACGAUGUUGUAGAAAUUGCUGAAGGUCAUCCUUUAACUCUUCAAAGUAUGGCAUCUUUCUUGUUUGGGAGAACAGUAGAUGAAUGGUCAGACACAAUAGCUAAACUAAAGAAGAAUCCUACACAGUUCAAGUCAGUUUUGAUAGAUCUGUUUAGGUGAUAGCAUCGUUAAGAAAAUGUGUUUUGAAUACAUAGCAUGUUUCUUCUAAAAGGUGGAUGAACUUUGCGAUAUAAAAAAUUAUUGCAUUUUGAUCUAGUUAGUAAAGAUAUAUUGGUGCCUCUUUUCUAGCUCAUCGAAAGGAUGAGCAUAUAUGAUUGCAAUUUGGAAUACGAACAGAGUCAGGACUCUGUUUUUUCAAAAUUUUGCUAAGAGUUCAGAGAAAGUAGCAAGUUGUAUAUGUCAAGCAAGCAGAAUUAUCCUAUAUAAUUAGAACAUUGUCUUUGCAUAAA